AUGGCACAUCAACAAGAUCAAGAACAAGAUCAACAUCAACCCCUCGCACAUGGAGCACCAGGUUCAUCGGAACUUAGUUCGAAGGAUAAAGUACUGGAGAUGGGUGCUGGUAUAACGCAAGAUUUUGCACCGGUCAAGGCAAUUUGUGCUCAUCUUAAUGCGUUUCAUGUUUAUGUGGAUGAACCGGGGAGGUGUAUCGAGGCUAAUCACUAUUGUACGCAUUUGAGUAGGGAGGUCCGUCAAUGUCUAAUCUACGAUGCGCCAAAAAAUCCAGCCAGAUUAAUCGGAGUCGAAUAUAUGAUUACGCGAAGAUUAUACGAGAAAUUAGGAGAAGAGGAAAGAAAACUCUGGCAUUCGCAUGAUUAUGAGGUUAAAUCUGGCAUGUUGAUUCUGCCAAAUCCUACAGUACCAGAUGCAGUUUGGACGAUGGCGGAGACGGAGGAAAUGAAGGAGAUUGUGGGGUUGUAUGGGAAGACUUUUCAUUUUUGGCAGACGGAUAGGGGGGAUGAGUUGCCGCUUGGGAUGCCGAUGUUGAUGGGGAGUUUUACGGGGGAUGAGCAGGUUCCAUGGGAUAAAGUUAAAGAAAGAGAUGAGAGAUUUCAUGUUGAUACGAUGAAAAAAAGGGAGGCGAGGAAGGAUAUCGAGAGUGUGGAUAUUCAUGAGGAUGCUGACCAGGUUUGGAAGAAAUGA